UGUGAACCCCACACUGGUCCUUCCCUAUGGAGUUUGCACUGGACCUCCCCGAAUGCUUGCUGCCCCGUACCUCUCCCCCAAAAGAACCAUGCCCUAGGACGCGGGAUGGGGAAAGUCUGGGUUCGCUGGAGCUGUUCUGGGCAAGGAAGAGCCGUCGAGACUCGGAGGGGGACGCGGUACCGGCCAGAGGCAGGGGUGCGGACUUGUGACCCGUACUCUGGGCGGCGGUCCUCGUCCCAGGCUGUCGGCAGGCUCACGCUUCUAGCCGCCUCUCCCGAUGACCUCCAGCCGCAAAGGGCGAGCUGACGGGGGCUGGGCUGCGAGUUCGGGCUCCGAGAAGCCUGCGGGGCCCUGGAGGGGCGUUCGAGUGGUCCGCAGACCGGCCAAGGGGGCUGGGGCAGGUAGUUGGACGGACGCGGGCCGAGGACCGUCCCUGGGGGCGGGCGCAGUAAAAACACCUUGGGAGGCGGCGCCGCACGGCUGAGCGCCGCUGCCCUGGGAAUAGGACGGCGCUCAGCACUGCGAGCUGAGAGCACUUUCAUAAAUUUUGUAUGGGAGGUGCUCCGUGAGCGGGGGCGGGGAGCGGAGCUGGAGGGAGGGAGCUAGCGAGCGAGGGAGGGAGGAGGAGGAGAGGUGGGGGAAGCCGGAGGGGGGGCGAGGAAGGGAGGCGCCCCGCUCCGCCGAUCGCUCGGUCCUGCAAACGCGCGCCAGGCGCUUUCCCCGGAGCUCGGCUGUGCGUGCGAGCGCCCUUUUGCAGCAGCCGCGGCGGCUGCUGCCCGAGGGGGCGGAGAGGAGGGGCCCGCAGCCGGACGGCCGGGGGGCGGUGUCCCCCCUCAAAACCGCCUGCAAAGUGCUCCGGGGGGCAGAAGGAGGCCGCCGACUCCGGAGAAAUCCGUUCGCCCCGGGGCUGAGCGAGCGCACCGAGCCACCGAGCAGCGCCGCGGUCGCUGGCGGGCGCCAGUGUCUUCGGCGCGGGGCUUGGGCUCACCAUGCCCCUGCACGGCCGGGCCGCCGGGCACAAGCGGAUCCCCGGCUUGCCCCCGCCACGACGCGCUCGGAUUAGCUGCAGCUGGCGUCCAGGGAUUUGAAUCUGGAUCCCGGGAGGGAGCGCGCCUAGGCCGACCUCGGAGCGGCAGCCCGGCGGCCACCAUGCUUCGCAAAGGGUGCUGUGUGGAAUUGCUGUUGCUGCUGCUGCUGGUUGCGGAGCUGCCCCUGGGCAGUGGCUGCCCGAGGGACUGUGUGUGCUACCCAGCUCCCAUGACAGUCAGCUGCCAGGCACACAACUUUGCCGCCAUCCCUGAGGGCAUUCCUGAGGACAGUGAGCGCAUCUUCCUGCAGAAUAACCACAUCACCCUUCUCCAGCAGGGCCACUUCAGCCCCGCCAUGGUCACCCUGUGGAUCUACUCCAACAACAUCACCUUCAUUGACCCCAACACCUUCGAGGGCUUCGUGCACCUGGAAGAGCUGGACCUGGGCGACAACAGACAACUACAGACUCUGGCACCUGAGACCUUCCAGGGCCUGGUAAAGCUUCACGCCCUCUACCUUUAUAAGUGUGGGCUCAGUGCACUGCCUUCGGGCAUCUUUAAUGGCUUGCAUAGCCUACAGUAUCUCUACCUGCAGGACAACCACAUUGAAUACCUGCAGGAUGACAUCUUUGUGGACCUGGUCAAUCUCAGCCACCUGUUUCUUCAUGGCAACAAGCUGUGGAGCCUGGGCCAGGACACCUUUCGGGGCCUGGUGAACCUGGACCGGCUGCUCCUACAUGAAAACCAGCUGCAGUGGGUCCACCACAAGGCUUUUCAUGACCUGCGCAGGCUGACCACCCUCUUCCUCUUCAACAACAGUCUCUCGGAGCUGCAGGGCGACUGCCUGGUUCCCCUGGCAGCCUUGGAGUUCCUCCGCCUCAAUGGGAAUGCCUGGGACUGUGGCUGCCGGGCGCGCUCCCUGUGGGAAUGGCUGCGGAGGUUCCGAGGCUCCAGCUCUGCUGUCCCCUGCGCAUCCCCUGAACUGCGGCAAGGCCAGGACCUGAAGCUGCUUCGGCCUGAGGACUUCUGGAACUGCACGGGCCCAGUGUCCCCACACCAGAUCAAGUUGCAUACCCUCACCACCACUGACAGGGCUGCCCGUAAAGAGCACCACCCAGCCCAUGGCCCGGCUAGAGACAGGGGCCAUCCGCACAGCCAUCAGCCUGGCUCCAGGUCAGGCUACAAGAAGCCAGGCAAGAAUUGUACCAGCCACAGGAACCGCAAUCAGAUCUCUAAGUCGGGCACUGGGAAACAGCCCCAUGAGCUGCAGGACUAUGCUCCCGAUUACCAGCACAAGUUCAGCUUUGACAUCAUGCCCACAGCUCGGCCCAAGAGGAAGGGCAAGUGUGCCCGCAGGACCCCCAUUCGCACCCCCAGCGGGGUGCAGCAGGCAUCCUCAGGCUAUUCCCUGGGGGCUUCGCUCCUGGCCUUGAUACUGGGGCUGGUGGUCACUCUCCGCUGAGGACCCAGGG